AUGGACGAAAAGGAAUUUUUAAAGAUUCAUGGAAUCAGACUGAACGAGUCAGGUACAGAUUCAGACACUGGUAAAAGUGAUUUUGACGAUGAAUACAACAAAUAUCGUCCUAAACCUAUUCGGUUAGAUCCUUCCAAAAUCGUCGUCAUAUCAGCGAAUACACAAAAAAUAAAAGAAGUUAAUUUAAGUGACCGAAAACAUGUUGAUGGAUGUGGUAAGCUUUUAGAAGGUGACCCUUGUAUAUCAGCAGAAUCAGCGAAUAAUGCAAAAUACAAAAAAAUUAUUCAAUCGUUAAAAAGGCAAGCAGCUGAAAAAGAAAAUAAAAUCAUUUUUAAAGAAGCCAAUAUUAAUAGCACUGAACAUGAAACAAAAAAGUCCAACUCAAAAAGUAAAAACAAAAGAAAAAUACCAAAUAAAAAACUUACCAAUGAUAACAUAACACAAAGGUCAUGUUCUAGCUCAAAAAAUAAAAGUAAAAAGCCAAGACCUAGAAAAGACACUAUGACAAAUGCAACAGAAAAACCAUAUCCGAGCUAUACAAUUUAUAAUAGCAAUUUUAAAAGUCCAAAAAAUUCUCUUAAAGCAAACUCUAUUGGUAAAAACCAUUCUUCAACUGAAAAUAUUACACACAAACCAUGUCCUAGUUCAGAAAAUGUGCAAAUUAUUCCUCAAAAUCCCCCCUUAGAACUAAACAAUGAAGAAAUCCUUUUUCAAAAAAUUAUUAGAACCUUAGAUGAGAUGAAAGGCACUAAACACUUGGAUAUUGCAAAGAAUAAACAAUCUCCUAUAGAACCAAUAGUUAAACCACCAGUUAACCCUCCAACUACUGCUAAAACAGUUAUAGAGACGCCUCCAUCUUUAAAAACUGAAAGACCAAUGAUUUCAUCAAAUGUUCCACCUUUAGAACCAAUAUUUAAACCACUAGUUAACCCUCCAAGUAUUCCUAAUAGGGUUAAGAGAGUUACGCCUUCAUCUCUAAAAACUGAAAAACCAAUGGGGUCAUCAAAUGUUCUUUCUAUAGAACCGAGAACUGAACCUCCAGUACACCCUUCAAAUAUUCCUAAACGAUCGUCUAUAAAAACUGUUUCUCCAAGUGUUCCUUCUGAAACACCAAGAACUUUAUUGAGCAAUCCUAGAAGAGUCAUUGUUGACGAGCCUAUUUUUACAGAUCAAGGAGUUUGGACCACUUCAUCGGAUAUUCUUGUGGUAAAUCCAAACCCCAACGACGAAGAAAAAGAUAAUCAAGGUUGCUUAUCGAGUAUUUUAAAAUUCAUUACAUGUAACUUUUAUAAAUUUUAG